AUCGACUCGACUGGCACUUGUAGGCACGACCAAAGAAAAUGGAGGACGAGAAGCUUAUCCGGCUCCAUGACAUGCUCUCAAAGCUUCGUCCGGGCGGCAAGAAGGGUGGCUUGGGUUUCGCGUCAAUUGGCGGCAGGAAAGGCGCCAAGCGCUCGGAUGGACUCCCCAACAACGGACUGUACUCCAUGUUCGUGCGUCAAGGCGAGGGCACCUACCAGCACAAGCACUGGGAGGAGGACAAGGAGGGUGAGUCGGAGGAGAGCAAAGUGAGCCAGAAGAAGUCCAAGAAGGAUAAGAAAAGCAAGAAGAAAGCCAAGAAAACUGACAUCACUGAUAGCGACGACGAGGAGCUUUCUAAAAAGGAGCAGAAACGUCUUAAGAGAGAGAAGAAGAAAGCCAAACGCACUGCGAAGGAGGCCGCUGCUGCUAAGGCGGAAGCUGAAGCGGAGAAAAAAACUAAAAAGAAGAGCAAGAAGCGAAAACUUGACCAGGUCGAGACCGACGCAGUCGAGGCCGACAAGGAGGAGGCAGCCGUCGUCAGUGCUGAGGAAGAACCCAAGCUAAAGUCCAAGAAAGACAAGAAGAAGAGUAAGAAGCACAAAAAAUCUACAGAAGAGGCCACUGUGGAGGAACCAGUUAUCGAACAAAAGUCUUCGAAGAAAGAUAAGAUGGACAAGAAGCACAAGAAGAAGAAAGCUAAGCAGUCUGAGUAG